AUGGCUUCCGCUGCCGUAUCCUCCAUCUCAAACCAGGCUCAGCCUGAUUUCAAAGUCGCAACUUUCCCUGUCUCUCCUGCUGAUUUGCACAAGCAUCAUGUCAACACGACAUUGAACUACUACAAGCCCGCUGCAGAUGGCUCACCCCCAAAACCCAGCAUCAGUGGCAAGCCCGAGACCUAUGAACGUGAGACUGAAACAUUGGAAGUAACUAUCCAUGAUAUAUCCGGAAGUGAAUUGGACUAUACGCUCGACAAAAACGGGUUCCAGCUUUACUACCACGAGAGCAAGCAGAAGCUCUUUGUAGAUGAGGACGAGAUCAAGAAUGAGUAUUACCCGGAGACGGAGCAGUUGUUGAAAGAUGCAACUGGUGCAUCCAAGAUUUUCAUCUUUGAUCACACAAUCCGUCGUCCCGAAGCGUCUCCUAGCGGGCUCCGUGGUCCCGUUCAACGCGUACAUAUCGAUCAAAGCUACCAAGCAUCUAAGAACCGCGUCACAUACCAUUUACCCGACGAAGCCGAAACCUUACUCAAAGGCCGCUAUCAAAUAAUCAACGUCUGGCGACCCAUCAAGACAAUCUACAGAGACCCCUUAGCCGUCGCAGAUGCCCACUCCGUCCCGGACAGUGACCUCGUCCCCGUAAAACUCAUCUAUCCUAACCGUGAGGGAGAAACGUAUACCGUCAAACCAAACAAAGCGCACAAAUGGUAUUACCGUUAUGGCCAAACGCCUAAUAUUGUGACGUUGAUCAAAUGUUUUGAUUCGAAGUUGGAUGGGCGGGCAAGACGUGUUCCGCAUACGGCUUUUGUGAAUCCGGAGACUGCGACGCCCGAGUAUCCUGCGAGAGAGAGUAUUGAGAUUAGGGCUCUGGUGUUUCAUCCUGAUGAUACGUAUUGA